UUUCAACUCGCCUCACUCACUCGGUUCAGUUGCAGGGGGAGCUUCGGCGGCGUCGACGCCUCCGGACGGACGCCUUGAGACUCGUACACCUCGACCCGCGCCGCCGGGACGCCCGCCGCGGCCGCGACCCGUUGUGACGUGCUGCAGCACGCGCGCGCGCUGUGCGAGGGGGGGACGUUAAGCGCUAGAGCCCGCUGAAGUGUCAGUGCCGUGUGUGUAUGUGUUUGUGUGGAGGGUCAGUGUCACACCCCCCGCGGCGUGACGGGCCAGUGUCUCUGUUGUGACAGUGAGCGUGACAGUCACAGUGUCGGAGGCCCCUCGCUGGGCCGGGCCGGGCGUGCAGAACCCAAGCUACGGAUUAAGUCGACGACACCGCUCUAUGGAAUAAGUUCAAGAUUCGUCGUUUGCGCAGCCCGCCCCCGCGGCCGGACAAGAUGGCCACCGCGUACCGGGUGGCGUCGGCGCCCCCGCGCUGGCGGCGCGCGGCCGGCCCCAUCGGCACCAUGGGGCUGGUGUCGGCGCCGUCCAGCCCGGGUCCGCGGCCGGGCAGCCUCUGGGGCACGCACCCCGCGCCGCACCCGCGGCCGGGGCUCGUGCCCACCGGGCCGCCCACCCCCACCGAGACGGACGAGGAGUACGUCGAGAUGUACCAGGACCGCAUCCUCUCGGCGCAGGCCAGCCAGCUGUACCCGCUCAUGGAGGACCUGGCCGACUGGCUCAACAAAACGCUGGGCAUAGACUACAUUACGGGGACAAACUUCCUGGACAUGCUGGACAACGGCGUGGUAGUCUGCCACCUGGCCAGGGUGAUCCAGGACAAGGCCAAGCAAGCCGUCGAGUCGGGGUCAGUCAAAGGGCCCGUGCCUGCCAUCAAGGGCCGCUGCUUUGAGACCGCCCCUCGGAGGUCCUUCUUCUCCAGGGACAACAUGGAGAACUUCAUUCAGUUCUGUAGGCAGCUUGGGGUCCACGAGAAUCUUCUGUUUGAAAGCGACGACCUGGUGCUGCACGCCCAGCCCCGACACGUGGUGCUCUGCCUGCUGGAGGUGGCCCGCAUCGCCACACGCUACGCGCUGGAGCCGCCGGGCCUGGUGCAACUGGAGAAGGAGAUCGCGGACGAGGAGGCGGACGGCGCGCACUCGGACUCGGGCAUGUCGCACUCGUCGCUGCUGUCCUGGCAGUAUCAGGCGUCACCCCAAAACAAGAGGACCAAAGAAAAGCUCAGGCACUCCAGUUCCUCCUCGGCGCUGAGCGUCGCCGGGUGCUUCGGUGGCGGCGGGCUCGUGCCGCUGGCGGUGCGCCCGCACUCCUCCACGGGCGACAGGCGCUCGCUAGGGGACGCGGACGGCGGCGUCGGCGUCACCCCUCUGCGGGGCACGUCGGACGGCGUGCCCUCGGACAACACGGAGGACGAGUGGUCGCGAGGCUCCGGCGAGGACCCCGACCUGGAGGUGGACCUGGAGGGAGCCCAGGAUGCCGUCACGGCCCCGGGGGUCUCCGAACUGGACCGGAAAGUGCAGCUGGCGACUCGCGCCGUGCAGAGGCAUUGCCGGUGUGCCUCUGCCAAGUGUGACAAGCUACGCGUGAAGAAGGUCGGGGAGGGCAGGUACAGCAUCGCGGGCAAGAACGUCUUCAUCAGGCUGCUGAAGGGCCGCCACAUGAUGGUCCGGGUGGGCGGCGGCUGGGACACCCUGGAGCACUUCCUGCAGCGCCACGACCCUUGCCAGGUUGCGAAGAAGAGAUCUCUCCUUCAGUGCAGAAAAGCCGUGACAAGAAAAAGUGCUUUAAGUAGGCGCAACAACAGCGAGCCCAAGCUUAAGAAAAGAGUUAUGUUCUUCUUGUGAGCAAGUGAGCCUCUCUUCCAGUGACAACCGUUUUCCACUGUUGCAUACUAUCCGUGCACUUACUAAUUGUAGUUGCAUGGUCGUAUAGAGAGUAUCUAAUAAUUGUAAAAUACUGAUUGAAUAGUUUUUCAAAUAUUUAGUUCUUUUCCUCUCCUGUUAUUUUUCACACCAUUCUUAUUGCGGUCCUUUCAUCACAUACAUUAUGUACAGUAGUUUAAAGAAACAUUCAUGAUUUGGUUAAUUGCUAAGUUUAAAAAAUCCCUGUGAUGCAACCAAACCAGUGUGUUUGUUAUGUGAAAAUUGACUUAACAAAUUUUGUUUCACCUUACAGGGAAGUACUCCAAGACACAGAUCUAGGAGUAGUUUAAAGAAGAAUUGACAAGAAAUUCAGUUAUCAACUUAGUAACAAAUUUUGUUUUUACAAUGUGUAUGUUUUUAGCAUGUAAUACCAUACAUUACUUAGCUGUGAAGGAUUAUUCCUCUGCCUUAAACUCAUAAAUCCGGCCAUUCCAAUAAUUGUAUAAGAAAAAUACCUAAAUUGUAUCUUGCAUUCAAGUACAUGCCAACAUAAAGGUGUGUACCUACAGCUGGAAAAAAGGUGAUUAGUUGUGAUACAAAAAGUACAGUCUGUUGAGAAUAUGGAACAAUUUUCCUUAUGGAAGUUGACGUGCUUACUCAACCAUAUUUUUGAAGCAAAUUUUAUUAAUAUGGCCAUACAUUCUGUGAAUUUAGAUAUAUGUAAUUAUUGUAAAAUGUGACUGUCACACUGAAGUUGCCGUUUUAGUUUUUUUUGUCUUUUGAGUUAUGGGGAAAACUUUGUUAAUUUAUUAUGUUUAUGUUUACUUUUUGUGUGUUCUAUUCUAGUGAGUAAUUUUUACCACCAAUAAUUAGUUAACCCAUAGUUCUGAGUUUUCUAGUUGAGAUACAGUUGUGAUGCAAUGUGUUCAGUUUGUUCUAAAAUUGUUCCAGAUAUUAUGAACAAUUUUGUAUGAACAAAUGGACCAAACAAAUUAUUGUCUCCUCCAUACAAUAAACAAACCAGUUUAUAAGAUAAUAAACUGUUCUUGUUUAAGUCUUGUGACACUUCUACUGUUUGCCAAUUACAUCAUUUUUAUUUCUAUGCAAAAGAACUGUAAUCAUUUGGGUUUUGAAUUUGACAUGACAUUGCAAUAUUUCCCCUGAGUUAAUUGUUUGUAUUGGUGAAUUUCUACGUACUUCAGCUGGCCUGAAAUCAUAUCAGUAAAAAAUCCUUAUGAGGUAUUUAUUGAAUAUUCAAAACCGAAUAUACAUCCUAAUUUUGAUGAAGUUUAUCUUUGCCAGGUCAGCUUAAUGAUUUAUUCAGAUGUGUACUUUGACAGUGUUGUUUUUCUUUUUGUCAACCGUGAAAUACCUUGCUCAAAUCGUCUUGUUGUUGUUCAACAUAAGCAAAUCAUUCCGUUUUCCCUAUCUACAUAAUUGUAUGUAUUUGUUGAUCCUGGUUUCUAAUUAUUAUGUACCUUAAAAGUCUACUCUUAUUGAAUAUUUUAAGCUACUAUAUAUGAGUCUUUAUUUAUACCAUCAAAGUGUCUUUUAAAUAUCUCUACUAUAGGGAUCCUGGUUCAGAUGAUGUAACAUUUGUAGCAUACUCUAAAAAGUUACCGCAAACAAGUAGAAGUUUUGUUUUUAACAGGAUAAACUCUGUUCACCACUGAUUUAAUUUUAAUAGAAAUUUGAUAGUAUGUUCCAAUGCCCCUAACAUAUUCUGUGUGGAAAGUGUAAAUAGUUAGCCAUAAAUAUGUAGAAACACAGAUUUUUCUUCAACUAUAUUUUAGAGUAAGAUGAAGACGUGCAUUGUUCAAUUGUUACAAAACACUCAUGUGUAGCAUCUUGUAUAUUUUUUUUUAGAUUGCAAGUGAUUUUUUACAAUAAAAGCUUGACUUACACAAAAAACAA